AUGCAAGCCGAAGACCGGCCCUUGAAUGACGUCCAAGACUUUGACGUAUGCUGCCCAGAAAAGGGUAACAAGCAGCACAAAAAUACCAAUGAGCGCGCGCCCUUAGAGAGAGGUCUCCAAUGGGGCUCCGAUCCGAACUUCUGCUAUCAUGGAUUCUCCUGCCCCAUCGGGAGCUGGACCGAAGAGCGGCUAGUUCGGAAUGCGAUGCGCAACAUGGUCUAUAUGGCCGCCAGCAUGAAAACGGAACUUAACCUGGACUUGAAUAUCCCAAAUUACCUUGAUGAGCGCCACAAUGAGCCUGCAACACCGGACGUAGGCUACUUAAACGGUCUCGACAUUCCUCCUACACAACGGCCACACGACCUGCGCAGUCCUACGCCACCGUCCACAUCCUCCCCAUCGAGCACAUCCAGCCCCGAUGAACAAGAGAAAGAUACACAGCCUCCCAGCAAAAAACGAAAAUGCGUGCAGAAGGCUGGUCAGAAGCUAUGCCAUUGUCGAUCAGAGAAGAAAAGGAGAGAGGUAGUUAGUCAAAGAUAUCGAGAUCUGUCACAGAUAGUACCGGGGCUCAAAAAUCAUAAUUUUACUAGGAAGUACGUGCUAGAUGCGGCGGCGAAGUAUGUGGAACUUCUGCUGGAAGGGAAUUAUGCCUUGCGACGGCAGCUGGGGGAGAUGAACGAUAAAGAGGACAGGGAUAUACAGCAGCUUUUUAUCGGAUGUGGUCCAGGGUUUUGA